UCCACCCGGCUCGUAAAGUGAAGCCGAUAAGCACACGGAGGCAAGAAGACCACUGAAGCGAGUGCGAGCAGCCGAACGAAAUGGUCGCCAGCAGGAAUUUCUUCUUCUUUCUCUUGGCGCUUUUGCUGGUGAUGGUGACCAGCGGCGAGGCCCAGGAGAUUUGUAGCGCUCGCCCGACGGUGUACGUGAAGGAGAACAACGCGGUGGGCCACCUGGUGGAGACCAUCGUCAUGAAGGAUGGCGUCGUCCCCUCUCUGGAGCCUUCCGCCGACCUCCCGUUCACUCUGGAGGGCAACCGGCUGCUGGCCAGUCGGGUUCUGGACUACGAGACGAGCAUAAAUUAUGUGGUCAAGGUGACUUGCAGGACGCCGCUCUUGCAGUACGUCCUCAUCAUUGUGGUAUUAGUGUUAGACGAGAACGACAACGCACCGGUCUUUGAUGCGAACCCGUACCAGAUCAAAGUCAAGGAGCUGUUACCAGUGGGGACGGGCCUUGACCAAUUUCCUGCCACAGACCCGGAUAAAGACGCUACGCUGUACUACAGGCUGACUUCAGCAUCGAGUUACUUUAGACUGGCAUCGCCCGAAAACCCUCAACUGGUCAUCCAGAACAUUCUGGACUACGACAAAGUCCAAAGUGUCCAGCUGGUCUUGUAUGUUCAGGACACACCGUUGUCAGGAUCUGGCAGCGAGGUUUCAUUCAACACCAGCACCACCAUCCAAGUCACUGUGGUCGACGUGGACAACAGGCCACCCUGGUUCAAGCCCUGCAUCAAACACGAGGUGGGCGGCGCGGUCAUCUGCCAGAGCAACGGAUACACCAGCCGCGUGACCCUCAACGAACUGCAGGACGGAUACUUAACACUGAAGCCAAAUCCGCUUUACGCCUUCGAUGGCGACACUGGGAUCAAUGAGGCCAUAAUCUACUCCUUCCUGAGCGGAAACGAGGCCGGCCUGUUCGACAUCAACCGAAACACCGGCAACAUCAGCAUGCUGAGGGCGGCUGACGUGUUCGAAACCAUCGUUCUGACAGUUCUGGCUGCCCAGACACCGAGCAGUUUUCAGUUUGCCACCACGAGCCUCAUGGUCAGUGUUCAGGUGAAGAGCCUCCACAAACCACAAUUCCAGAGGCCUCAGUACCAGGGCGUGGUCUCUUCAGUGGGCGCCAUGGCGACAGACCCAACCAACAAGGACGAGCCGCUUCAGAUUGUCGCCUUGGACGAGGAUUACGCCAGCAUGGGGGGUAUAAACCCUCACAUCGUCUAUCGCGUCAUGGGAAGUGAAGACUUCUCCAUCAUCAAUGGCUUCUUGUUCAUGACCACGGACCUCCCGGAAGCCACGUUAUCUCUCCGAAUGGAAGCGGAGGACACAUCAAAUGAGGAAAAGGCAACAGUGCAGCUCUCGGUGGAGGUGAAAUCAGGUCUCACCACCACUGGUUUGCCCUUGAGCACCACUGAAAGUGUGACCAGCCUCCCAACAACCGAUAGCGGAACCACUGAUCAAGCCGAGUCCACCACUAACCCCAGUACCACAAACCUUGGUACCUCCACUGAGGGCAGAACCACUAAACCAACGGAGUCCACCACCAACCCCGGUACACCCACCGACAGCAGCGUCUCAACUGGUGUCACUGCCACCAGCGAACUCGUGACUUACACCACCACAGAAUCACCGGUGACAUCACUGGUCACCAACGACACCGGUCCCACCAGCACUGUGAACCCUCACACAGAUAAAGUGCCUAUCCCAGCGGGCGGCUUCGGGGCAGGGGACAUGGCGGCGCUGGGGGCGACUCUGGGCGUACUUCUCUUCAUCUGCAUGGUAGUCAUCGGGGUGCUCGUUUGUCACCUGCAGAGGGGAAAAGCUGACUCUAGGAAGAUCCACGAAGCCAGUUUGUUCCGCAGCUCCCUGGGCCAGGGCUCUGGUGGCGAGAAGCAAGGCGUCCAGUACACUAACGAGGCUUUCCAGCACGACGACAGUGACAGCGUGGGCUCCGGGGGGCCGUACGCCACGACAGCAGAAGAGGGCCCGGCAAACGACUUGGCCCUCAAGUCCAGCGUGAUGGCACUGGGCACCCUACUAGACGACGACAAUGUCAGCCAGACGAGCUCAGACAAGGAAAAGGAGGUGAAGCCCAUCCUGACCAAAGAGCGUCGCCUGGAGGAAGGCUACAAGGCCGUUUGGUUCAAGGAGGACAUCGACCCCGAUGCCAAGGAGGAGGUAGUCAUCAUUCCUGACAGCAGGGAAGACAACAGCGAGGACGAAGAUGACAACGGUCCCGCUAAAGGCUCGAAAGUGGGCUUCGCCGAGGCCGACCUGGACAGCGGACUGGGAGUGAAGAUGGAGGAUCUGGCGGAGGACUCGGACGUUCUGGAUGUCGACCUGUGAGAAGGGCGCGGCGGAAAGCAAUAAAAGCUGAUGAUCUAUCAGAACUGAGUUGCCGUUGUCACACAAAUGGAAUUGUGACCGAAUCACACCUUAAAGUCACGCAGUUAUCAGCACUCAUUUUCACAGCUGUCAGAUGGUAAGAUAACGUGUUCAAAAAGUACGGUGUAAUUGGAAACAAGUUAUUGUUUGUUUUGGUGUACAUGAGGCUGUAAAGUUCAGCUUCAUGGAAACCGCAAGUAAAAGAGACCAUUUGAACAAUCAUGCACAGCGAGCCAGCUACUUAAAAUUAUUGUUGGAUAGCAAAUUUUACUAGUUUAGCUUACGUGAAUAGAAAGGUUCUCAUUGAUGUACAAAUAUCAAAUGACUGCGUUAUUGGUAAUUAAAUGUGUGCAGAUAAGGUUAUAAUUUUUAAAAAAGAAUCAAGGUGUAUAUUUUUUCCAUCUUUACUGGACGUUUCUUAGUUUCCAACUUAAUACUCCCUGUGAAAUAACUCCACGGUGAGCCUAUAGGAGCUAAUGAUUAACAUUUGUAUACGAAUAUCACAGUACUUAAUUUUUGUGAUGAAAAUGGCAUAUGUAUGUGAGAUCUGAAAAAUUAAUAAAAGGUGUGGGUCUUUUUGUCCUCUUUA